AUGCGAUCAUAUGGCGAUUUGCGCGAUGAAGCUACUACAGAACUUAGUCAAGAGUGGCGAAACAGCUUUUCUGAUGACGGCGCAUGGGAAUCAGCUGAGGAUUUGACAGAUUCGCAUGCGUAUAUUUCGACAGUGCCUCCCUCGAUGCAACAUAACAUGUCACAGGACUUGGAGGCAGGUGUGACGGUUGGGUCGACGCCUGCGUCUAGGAGGAAAACUCUAUCACAGAGUGCAGAGAAUUCAUCGUUCCUGGAUCACUCAAGCGUGAAAAAACGACCCAUUAGCACACAAACUUACCAGCCGCGGAGCCGCGGGAUGGUCGUUUUACAUCCUAUGCAAGCUGAACCUGAUGAUUAUUUGCAUAUCCCGGACAAAAAUGUGGAUGCGCACUCUUACCGGCCUACCUGGCGUGGAUGUGUGAACGUCAUGACCAUUGCCAUCAUUGCGCUCGCACUAUUGAUGUUGUUUGUCGGCUAUCCGAUCAUCGCCAACUUCAGCGGGACAUUCAACAAAGGAAAAAACUCUUACCUUACCGACGUCAAACCACAACCGCUUCCUAUUCGAGGCCUCAUUGAUCCUGAUACUCCGAAGGAGGCAUAUACUAAGAAGGUGGCCACAGACGGCACAGAUUGGGAACUCGUGUUCAGCGAUGAAUUCGAAAAGGAGGGACGCACAUUUUGGCCAGGUGAUGACCCUUUUUGGGAAGGCGGAAACUUCUACUACAAGGCUACCUUUGAUUAUGAAUGGUACACGCCAGAAGCUAUGGUCACAAAAGAUGGCAAGCUGUUCAUCACAAUGGACCAGUACAAUGAGCACAAUACCCAUUUUCGCUCAGGCAUGCUCCAGUCGUGGAACAAAUUUUGUUUUCAGGGCGGGUAUAUCGAAGCGAGCGUUAUUCUUCCAGCGAAGCCGUCCACGCAGGGAUACUGGCCGGGCUUCUGGCUCAUGGGAAACCUGGGCCGACCUGGCUUCCUGGCUUCGACUGAAGGUUUGUGGCCAUAUGCAUAUGAAUCAUGCGAUCUUGGUAUCUUACCGUACCAACAAAAUUCGGAUCGCGACGGUCCUAAAGCUGCUUUGCACGCGAAAACCUUCGGCAAGACUCACAACAUCUCUAGUUUGCCGGGUAUGCGCUUCCCAUCCUGUACAUGUGCAGACCAAGACCAUCCGGGCCCAGACCGCAAAACAGCACGAUCCGCGCCUGAGCUAGACAUUUAUGAGAUCCAAGUGAGCGACGGGCGUUCACAAGCAUCACAGUCAUACCAAGUUGCCCCCUUUGAUGCCAACUACAAGUGGUAUGGGAACAGUUCUUCUUACCACAUCUACGAUUCAGACAUUACGAAGAGGAAUCCUUGGUCGGGCGGGGAAACUCAAGAAGCCUUGUCGUGUGUGACGCGAGUGCCUGACUCGGCCUUCUUCGGCACGGACGCUAAACCAACAAUCAUCGGGGUCGAAUACGAUCCGGAUUUCGAUAACCAAGGAAACGGUUAUAUCACUUGGUACAUGGACGGCAAGCCUUCAUGGACAUUGUAUCAAGGUGCUCUUUCGCCCGAUGAGAAGACCCAAAUUUCCUGGCGAACCUUCCCGAAGGAACCUAUGUCAAUUAUCAUCAACUUGGGUAUUUCAAGUGGUUUCCAGGAUAUCGAUUGGGACGACAUCCAAUUUCCUGCACAUUUGGCUGUCGAACAUGUGCGUGUGUACCAGAAGCCUGGCUCGAAGCGUGUUUCAUGUGAUCCAAGCGACCACCCGACUGCCGAUUAUAUCAAGCGGAAUCAAGACUUGUAUUACAACAACAACUUGACAUCGUUCCUGAAUUCUUCGCACCAUAUGAUGUGGCCCAAAAACGACUACAAGGAUGGCUGCUGA